AUGUCUCAAGAGCUGACGAUCAAAUGUGACUUCAAAGACGACGAACAUGGCAUCGGUUCAGCCCUUUCGUGGGCAUCGAUCGGACUCGCGGUACUGACUGCCAUCUUCCAGGGCUUGGUCACUGCCCUGGCUUUCAUGACAGAGUCGUCUUCACGAUGGACGUUUCGAUUCCGCCUUGCACUUUUCGAGCACAUCUGGUGGACAUUCGUGUCCUUUCUGCUCCUGGUCUCUCUCUCUAUGAGUGUAGUAGCCUUCACUGGCGGCGAAGGAGGUGAUCCAGUGUCGGUGCUCGCGCUAUCUUCUGCAACUUUUCUGGCGGUGGUCCAGUAUUCAGUCCCAGCCUGGCAGCAUCGCUCGUACACCGCAGUGAGAUGGCACGCAUGGACCGGAGACAGCAGGACCACUGUCAAACGACAGUUCAUCAGCUUUUGUGGUGAUGCAGCCCUCUGGAAACAGCUUUACCGUCGCUUCCGAGACAAGAUCUCACGACUUCAGCCAACACCAUCGGACUACUACGGCUGGCGGCUAUGGUCUGCGCAAGGCCUUCUGAUAGACCCCACGGACCUGUUCCGAGUGUUGAAGGAUCCAGACGUGGCCUUCGAGGACGCAGAGAAACACCCUCCUCCAGUUGGCAUUUACCAAAGUGCGGACGCGAACUCGGUCACGGUCUCGCUUCGAUGGGGUCGUGACCAGGACUUCAGUCGAAGGGUCUCCCGAGCCAUAGCCAGCAUGCCUCUAUGUCUCCUACGAUCCAGUCCCACCACUGCAGAAGGCUACGAUGGAAGAGGUCUGACGACAGCCAUGGGGAUACUUGGCCGCAACAAAGGCCUGCAACCCUGGAAACUGGUCUUCAAGGCAACAUCAGGGACGACAAGCGACAUGGAGAACCUAUCGACCUGGGCUCCGCGUCCAGCAAAAGUUCUUCGAAGCUUUUACUCUCAGACGAUGGACACGCAGUAUCAAGGCCUAGGCCAAGAAUAUGUCAGCGCGGCAGUAGAGCUUGCCCUACUCAUGGCCGAUAUGCCUAGUGCGGCAGUCAUCCAAUGGCUAAGUCUUGGAUUGGAGCAUCAGUCUCUAAGCAUGAACCACUGGCUAGCAAAUACUGCCCUCGCGACCGCGACACCAGAUGAGCGUAACGCCACUUUGUCAGCGCAUUAUGAGUCAAGCUAUGUCUCCAUGAUCAUAUCGCUCAAUGCUAUGAGGAUGGCGCCCAAGGCAGAUGACAUGAUGUAUGCCCAGGAAACCUGCAGACCAGACCUCAUCUGUACUGCGUUGCUUAUGAAAGCUCGCGGUCUUCCUGAGCCUAGCUGGUGGAGGAACUCCGAUGCGAGAGAUCUGGUGACUAAGGAGAUGGAUUCCUUGUCUCCUGACUUCGACUGGAAGACGUCUGCUGCGAAGCUCCUGGGUUUGCAGGAUUGGCCGCAGGAUCUCGACUGA